AAAAGACAGGGCCAAAUGCACAAUCAUGGAGGCAGAAAUAGAUUUAUGAGCAUGUUGUGAAUGAGUGAGAGAGGAUGGGUGGGAUUAGUUUAGGAAAACUCAAAGCUAAAUCUGAGGCCUGUCAGAUUACAGAUAGGAACCCAUGAAGACAAGCACAUACACUAAAACGAAUUGUUUGCAGGGAAACCAUCACACAUUUUUAAAACCACAGAGGGUAAGUGCAGGAAUAUGAGUGCAUCUAUAAACAUUAUGAGAUUGUCUCAGUACUGCUUUAGAUAUAUUCUUCAUGUAAAUUAUCUUUACAUAUGUCGUUGGUUGAUUAUUAUUAAGAAUGCCUCUAGACGUGGAGAAGAUUAUUCAAUUUAUCAAACAAGGUGACCAGGACAAUGUUCAAAUCCAUCUGGAUGAUUACAACUCUCAGUACUCGCAAUGUUUCUUUUUUGAUGUGGAAGAAAGGGAGAGAAGAAAGCAAAGAGAGCUGGAUGAGUUCCGUAUGAAUAAAGUGAGAGAGUAUGUUCCAGACUCGGACUCCGAUUUGGACUUUGAUGAGAAUGAGGAUCCAGAUCUUAUUCUGCGGAGGAGGCUUGCUGCAGCUCUGAUCUUGUUUAUUCGAAUGCGGCUGCAGCCGGGCGUUUUGAGGGUGUGUUUGCGAACUCUGCGAAUCAUCUCACGGGACCGAAAGGCCUUGGCCCCCUUGAUCACAGACUAUGCCAUUCUAACUCUCGCUCGACUCGGGGGAAUCUCCACCCUGCCUACCUGGCCUGAAGAAGAGGCUGCUCAGUGGGGCUCCACCCACAGUGACAUCACUCCUGAGAAUGAGACGGAGACACGCCCAGAAAAUGAUGACAGCAAUACCCAAAGCCCAACAUGUUACAGUGAGACAGAUGAUUCAGUGUUCGCCUCCGCAGCCUGUGCUGAGUCUUCGGUCAGUGAAGGAUGUUUGCAAUUCAAUCCUGUGAAUUUAACAUCGAACUGUAAUACUGAAGCACAAAACGACCACCAUGCAGAAAGCGUAAGGAAAGAUGGGGCCUGUGGGGUAUUGAUGAGAGGAAAGAGGGAUGCCAGAGGUGAAAAGGAUGAAGAGGGCCAUGAUGAUGGAGAGAUCUGGAGGAAAGAGGCAAUAAAGGCUCUGUGCAAUGUCAUCUACAACAGCCCGAAAGCACAAGAGAGAGCCAGCACCCUGAAGUUGCUCCCUGGCCUAACAGAGAAACUUAAGGAGGGUAUACAUUCCUCAUCCCCUCCAAUUGGCCAAUUUUAUGAACUGCGGUUUCUCUUUCUCUUGACUGCUUUACGGCCUGAACUUAGGAUAGAGCUCCACCAGGAGCGCGGUGUGUCCAUGCUGACUGCAGCUCUGGAACAGUGUUUAGAAGUGUGCUGGGGUGAAACGCAUGAGGUGCUGACUGACCUGACAGCACCCCCGGUGUGUGAGGAGGUUUCACAACGUGCCCUCGAGAUUCUGAAGAUCCUAUUCAACAUUACCUAUAAUGUGCACAGACAGGAAGUGGACGAGGAGACUGCAGCUUUGUAUCGUCACCUAGCUGCAGUCCUGCGUCACUGUCUGCUUGUGAACUGUGAGGGAGAGGAAAGAAAAGAUGAGCUGCAAGGACACACUGUAAAUGUCCUCUCAGCACUCCCUCUGCAAUGCCUGGAUGUUCUGCUAUCCGUUCGCCUAUCCGAAGGUUCAAAGGAGUCCAGCGGAGUCAACAUGGACUGUGUCCACUCUUUGCUGCUCUUUAUGGAGAAGAGACUGGACAGAGGCCAUAAGCCGAAGGAAAAGUUGACUCCAGUCUUAAACCUGUUGAUGGAGAGCAGCAAAGCACACAGGGAAACUAGGCACUAUCUCAGACAGCAGAUCCUGCCUCCCCUGAGAGACGUUGAGCUGAGGCCUGAACAGGGGAACACACUGAGAAGCAGACUAGUGCGACUAAUGACCCAUGUCGACACUGAUAUCAAACAAUGUGCAGCUGAGCUUCUUUUUGUGCUCUGUAAAGAAAAUGUGAGCAGGUUUGUGAAGUACACUGGUUACGGUAAUGCAGCAGGGCUGCUGGCAGAGCGGGGUCUUUUGAAAGGCCAUGGCCCUUCUCCUCAACAGCAGUACUCCAGUGACUCUGACUCAGACACAGAGGAGUACAGACAGGCCAAGGCCAGGAUUAACCCUGUGACGGGACGGGUGGAGGAGGAACAGCCUGAUCCAAUGGAAGGGAUGACUGAAGAAGAGAAAGAGGCAGAGGCGCUCAAUCUCAUAAAUAUAUUCAACAGGCUGUCACGGGACAGGAUCAUUCAGCCAGUGGGAGUGACCACGGACGGCAAACUGGCGCCGCUGUGUGGUCAGAUGAGUCACUGCGCCGUGGACGAGGAGGAAGAGGAGGAAGAGGAAGAUGAGAGUGAGACAGAACAAUAACGGAGCUGAUGAUUAUCGAGAGACAGGAGCAAGAUAUUUUACAGUAAUUACUGAUACAGGGAUAAAAUAAUAAUGCAACUAUAAAUUUAAUAACUAAGUUAUAAAUAAGUUAUUUGUUAAUUUAAUAUGUCGUUGUAAUCAAAGGACGUAAAAGAAAAUGAUUUUGAGAAGGAAAAAAUAAAACUGUAUUAUGUGUAAAGAGAAGAAUAAGGAAGAUUCAACAUUUUUUUUACAUUUUAAUGCGCACAAAAUAGCGGAGAAUAUCAUUUGUAAUAACUCUAGCUAGUCACGAUAUGCGCUAGAAAGAGUGAAAUAGGAAGCUAUUAGGCAAAGAAGAAAGAAAGAGACAGAGAGAGAGAGAGAGAGAGAGAGAGAGAGAGAGAGAGAGAGAGAGAGAGAGAGAGAGAGAGAGAGAGAGAGAGAGAGAGAGAGAGAGAGAGAGAGAGACAGGCAUCACACCAAAGACAGAUAAACACUCCUGGAAAAUGCUGCUGGUGUUGCCAUGGUUAUGUUACCAUGGUAACAACAGGAAAUGCAGUUCCACGGAUCCUUUUUUUUUUCUUGCGCUCGAGCAGGAGUAGAAUGUUUACCUUGAAGAGAAGCGCUGAGGCUGGAUCUAGCACUCUAUGUGCUGAAUAAAAACAUAAUGUCAUUACUUAAAUCCUCAGAGAAAUGUUUUCAUUUACAGAAUUAGUCAGCACUGGACCUUUCAGUCUUAAUUAUUAGAGCAGGUUGUUUGGCUCAACUACUUAUUUUUUCAAUAUAUUUUCCCCAUCUCAGUCCUACCAGUGUACAAUGCAAAAUACUAGCUCAUAUGUC